CAGCCGCCGCUUAAACCCUGGUCCCCCUUGUCUCCCAAACCCUCUCUCCUUCCCCUCGCUUCCGCCUCCGGCCGCCGCCGCCGCCGCCGCGAGGCCACCGCCUGCUGCUGCAGCGGCCUACCCUUGCGUCGGUGCAAGACGGCGCCCUGCGGCUUCGGUUGCGGGGUGGGUGGUGGCGUUGCGGGAGGAGGAGGAGGGAGGCGGGCGGGGUCCAAGCUGAGGCGGCUCGUGAGGUCCAUGGCGGUGGCGCCGCCGCUGCCGCCGGCACCGGCGCGGCAGCUACGGCGGUGGAAGGGGUCUUCGCCGCGGCCGCCGCCGUGGCUGUCCUCUCCCUUCCGCCGCACCCGCUACUUGUCGCGCCCGGCCUUCGCCGCGGGAGGAAGGCAAGAUUAUUCUCCUAGUUCAGGCAUGGGGGUUAGCAAAACCGGUGCUUUCAGGCUUGGAUUGUAUGGCAACUUAAAUGUACAAAGUAGUGUGCAAGAAUGGGUUGAUGAAACCAAGAGGUUAUUUUUCCUCAGGACCACAAACAGUGUCAGAAACAACAUCACUAAUGGCACUACUCCUCUGCGGGUUGGAAAUCUGCGUCAUGAUCCCUCAGAAGAUAUCAGGAGUUCAAACUAUCCUUCCUUGUAUAAUCAAAGAGAAAGAGGACCAUCUAAUUCAAUUGUAAAUAGACAUGUCGAUACAGAUUUGGCUAAGCAUCGUGUGAUGUAUCAGUCAGCACAUGCUGUGCCUGCCCCAUUCAGUGUUGUUAAUAAUGAUAUCAAACCACUGAACAUGCUUGAUGGCUCCAAGGAGGAAAUUCCUUGGCACGAUUCCGUUACGAUGGAAUCUUCUCUGCCUAAAGUUUCCAAGUCAGAGAAAACUUUGGUGGUUGAUAAAGCUAUCCCAGACAAAAAGGAGCACAAACGCAUUACAAGGAAGGUGACGCCAAAUUUCCCGGACAAAGCUUCCUUGUCCACUGAGUCAAAAAAUGCACGGAAGUUGCUUGCUACCAUCUAUGACAAAGUUUUGGUUGUCGACAAUGUUGAGUCAGCUAGGAGUGUUGUUAAAUUGCUUACUACAAAGUACAAAGGCUUUAUUCAUGCAUGUGACACGGAGGUGGCAAAUAUUGAUGUCAAAGAAGAGACACCAGUUGGUCACGGAGAAGUAAUAUGCUUUAGCAUCUGUUCAGGAAAUUCUGAUGGGGAGGCUGAUUUUGGAAAUGGUAAAACAUGCAUAUGGGUGGAUGUGCUAGAUGGUGGAAGGGAUGUUCUAAUGGAGUUUGCUCCUUUCUUUGAGGACCCAUUUAUCAAAAAGGUUUGGCAUAACUAUAGUUUUGAUAUCCAUGUCAUUGAGAACUGUGGAAUCAAGGUUGCUGGAUUUCAUGCUGAUACGAUGCAUCUUGCACGCCUGUGGGAUUCUUCCAGGAGAACUGAUGGUGGAUAUUCACUUGAAGGACUAACAAAUGAUUACAGAGUCAUGGAUGCUGUUCUAAAGGACAUACCUAAAACUGGGAAGGUGUCAAUGAAAACUAUCUUUGGCCGGAAAAAGGUUAGAAAAGAUGGAUCUGAAGGGAAAACCAUAUCUAUCGAGCCAGUCGAAAAGUUACAAAGGGAGGAUAGAGAGUUGUGGAUUUGCUAUUCCUCACUAGAUUCAAUGAGUACAUUGAAGCUUUAUGAAAGCUUGAAAAACAAGCUUGAAGCAAAGGAAUGGAUUUUCGAUGAUUGUCCUAGAGGAACAAUGUAUGAUUUCUACGAAGAGUAUUGGCGUCCCUUUGGUGCUCUUCUUGUAAAGAUGGAAACAGAGGGAGUGCUUGUUGACCGUGCAUACCUUUCGGAGAUUGAGAAAGCUGCUGUUACUGAACGAGAAUUAGCAGCGGAUAAGUUUCGGAAAUGGGCAUCUAAGCAUUGUCCUGAUGCCAAGUACAUGAAUGUGAAUAGUGAUAAUCAAAUUCGCCAACUUUUCUUUGGUGGCAUCGAAAAUAGAAAUAAGCGUGGUGAAACUUGGCCACAAAGUAAAACUUUUAAAGUGCCAAAUGAUGAAGGCAUAGCUACAGAGGGCAAGAAGACUCCAAAGUCUCGCACAAUCAAACUUUUCACUAUUGUGGAAGAUCUUAAAAUUGAUAUGUUCACCCCGACUGGUUGGCCUUCAGUCAGUGGGGACGUUUUAAGGAGUUUGGCUGGUAAAAUACCCACAGAUCAUAUAUAUAAAAUUGAUGAUGGCCAAGAGUUUGAUGAAGAUGGGAGCAGUUUGGAACUUCCUGAGCAGGAUAUAGAAGACACUUCCCCAUAUGGAACUGCAUAUGAAGCGUUUGGUGGAGGAAAGAAGGGAAGGGAAGCAUGUCAUGCCAUUGCUGCUCUAUGUGAAGUCUUUUCUAUUGACAAAUUGAUAUCCGGCUUCAUUGUUCCAUUGCAGGGAGAUCGUAUAUCAUGCAAGGAAGGGCGCAUUCACUGUUCAUUAAAUAUCAAUACUGAAACAGGACGCUUGUCAGCAAGAACACCAAACUUACAGAAUCAACCUGCUCUUGAAAAGGAUAGGUACAAGAUUCGCCAUGCUUUUGUCGCAGCUCCAGGGAACACUCUUAUUGUUGCUGAUUAUGGCCAACUGGAACUGAGGAUCUUGGCGCAUCUUACUAAUUGUAAAAGCAUGCUGGAAGCUUUCAAGGCUGGUGGUGACUUCCAUUCUAGGACAGCCAUGAAUAUGUACCAGCAUGUUCGUGAUGCUGUUGAAGAAAAGAAAGUUCUGCUUGAAUGGCAUCCUCAACCAGGUCAAGACAAACCCCCAGUGCCAUUAUUGAAGGAUGCUUUUGGCGCUGAGAGGAGGAAGGCCAAAAUGCUUAAUUUCUCCAUUGCAUAUGGGAAGACUGCUGUUGGUCUAUCUUGGGAUUGGAAGGUUUCUGUUAGGGAAGCAAGGGAUACACUCAAACUUUGGUAUAGGGAUAGAAAGGAAGUUUCAGCUUGGCAAAAGAAGCAGAAAGCCUUUGCGCUUGAAAAGUGCGAAGUCUACACUUUGCUCGGGCGAUCACGCCAAUUUCCUAAUAUGACUCAUGCGGGUCCUGGUCAAAAGGGUCACGUCGAGCGUGCUGCUAUAAAUGCACCAGUGCAGGGCAGUGCAGCAGAUGUUGCUAUGUGUGCAAUGCUUGAGAUAGAAAGAAACGCUCGCCUUAAGGAGCUUGGUUGGAGACUCCUAUUGCAGGUGCAUGAUGAAGUAAUCUUGGAGGGGCCUACAGAAUCUGCCGAGGAAGCCAAGACCAUCGUUGUGGAGUGCAUGUCCAAGCCUUUCUAUGGAACCAACAUCCUCAAGGUCGACCUAGCUGUCGACGCCAAGUACGCGAAGAGCUGGUAUGCUGCCAAGUAGUAGAAUCCGCACUCGGUUCUUCUGCCCUAUACAUAGCCAGAUGAGCACAUUUGUCUGCCCCAAAGUUAGGCGACACCAAAGUUAUGUGUCGCCGAUGCGAUGAAGACUCUGCCCAUCCGUCCUGACGAAAUACAGCGGACUGAACCAGCACAGAUAGAGAUGCAAGCCGCUCAAGAAGUUGAAGUGCCACCCCCAUCACCCACAGGAACACAAGACCACACGUCCAUUUUUCGGUGGCAGAGGCAGAGCAUCCAAGAACCGAAUAGGCUGAAGACUCUUUCACUGGCAGUAGCUGAAUGUACACUAGUAGCCUGUCCGAUAGUUACUCCAUUAGAUUUGGAUUUGACUGUAGAGACCACAGUAGAUACUGACCUGUAUGAGACUUUCAGAUACUUGAUCAUGAAGGAAGUGCAGAAGCAUGCUGUCUUCAUAUGACCUGUUCAGCAUGUUGUGGCAUUCGUAAGACUGUUACUGGAAUGUCCUGUUCCUGUCAGGCCUAGCAUUGCAGUUGGUAGAACUGCUUGCCGAGGUGUCACUGUGCCUGUGUCACAUAUAUACUCCCGUAACCAUUUCUUUUUUGUA